AUGGGUAACCCGGAACCUGAUGAUUAUCUUCAUAAUCCCGAUCCCAAGCGCGAUCUCACGAAUGAUAGAGGAGGUACUAUAUGCACUUCACGUGGUAUCGCAAAUCUGGGGUGUCUCUUCUUGCUUAGUUCAAUGUGUAUAACGCUGUUCGUCGGCUUUCCUGUUGUGAGCCAUUUUAUGACGAAAAGGCAGACGACUCAGGGAGGAUUUAAUCUUGGUGGUAUCAAUGCUACGGGGCAAAUCCCAGAUCUUCCUGGACAGUUCUCCCUCAUCGACCUCCAUACACCCCAUGAAGCCUAUGUCAAGAAUUCUUACGUGAAUCCGGAUGAUGAAUGGGAUCUCGUGUUUUCAGAUGAAUUCAACGUGGACGGACGAUCGUUCUAUCCCGGCGAUGAUCCGUUUUGGGAGGCGCAGAAUCUGCAUUAUUGGGGAACCAAUGAUCUAGAGUGGUAUGAUCCUGGACAAGCGACGACGGAAGGAGGAUCGUUGAAGUUGACUCUGACCAAAGUUGAUCCCCAGUUAAACCAUAAUUUGACGUAUCGAUCUGCUAUGAUACAAUCAUGGAAUAAAUUCUGUUUCACUGGCGGAUUAAUUGAAACGGCUGUUGUAUUACCUGGAUCGAGCACUGUUCAUGGCUUAUGGCCGGCAAUUUGGACAAUGGGUAACCUGGGCCGUGCUGGUUAUGGAGCAAGCCUGGAAGGACUGUGGCCGUACUCGUAUGAUUCUUGCGAUGUCGGAACUCUUCCAAAUCAGACUUAUCCCGGCGAAGCCAAACCUCUCGCAGCUACAGAAAACGGAGACCCAACGAAAGGUGGAGUUCUGUCUUAUCUCCCAGGCCAACGGCUCUCUGCAUGCACCUGCCCUGGGGAGUCUCAUCCCGGGCCUGUUCAUAGCAAUGGUAAUUACGUCGGGCGAUCUGCUCCAGAAAUCGAUAUUUUCGAGGCUACUGUAGACGGUGGAAUAGGAAAGGUGUCACAAUCUGCACAGUGGGCUCCUUUCGAUGCGGGGUAUGUGUGGUUUAAUACUUCAGAUAAUCUGCAAAUAUACGACCCUGCUAUGACGCUGCUUAACCCAUACCAUGGAGGUGCAGAUCAACAAACGACCAGUGGUCUCUCAGUGACAGAUCAAGGCUGUUAUGAACUUGGAACGGCAUGCUUUAGCGUCUAUGGGUUCGAGUAUGCUCCUGGCUUUGAUAAUGCCUAUAUCACUUGGAUCAGUAACGGGAAGGCUGUGUGGACCAUUCAGGCUGCUGGUGUGGGUCUAGACCCAAAGACCGAAAUAGGUGCAAGGCCAGUCUCCCAGGAACCAAUGUACAUCAUUGCUAAUCUUGGCUUCUCUCUCAACUUUGGAGGGAUAGAUUUCGCCAACAUUCAACUUCCUGCCACGAUGUUCAUCGAUUAUAUCAGGGUAUACCAGCCAAAGAACGCGCACAACAUCGGGUGCGAUCCCCCGAACUUCCCUACCGCAACAUACAUUGACACAUACCGCGAAGCAUAUACUAAUUGGAAUCUAACAGGAUGGAGUUUCCCGAACUUCAAUCAAACCGUACCAAAGAAUCGUCUUAAUGGCGGGUGUUAGCCUAUCGUGCCCUCCUGUCACUGGUAUGACUGUCGUAACAUAGCGCUAGAGGUGAGAGGUGAUCAAGUCGAGCAAUCUUUCGUUUCAUUAGACUAUUACAUAUUUUUUGGACAUUAUCAU